GACACGCUGUGAGGACCGACUUUCCCGGGCCCUGUGAAAAAUGCCUUGCGAUGGCAUCUCACUGCGUGCCCCGGCUGCAGGAUGCGCUGGGGCCCCCCGCAGGGCCUUGAGGAGCGUCCUGCUGCUGCGCGUUCACGCCUUCCCUCUUCCUCCAGCCUCCAGCCAGCCAGGGCCUGGGACGCGGGAGAGGCGGCCCGAGCUUCGGGGUGCCGCCGCCGAAGGGUGAGCCCCAGGUCCGCGGCGAGGCGCGCCGGGCUGGAGGGAGGAGCCCCCCGUGGACGCGCCCGCGGGCCCGCUCGCCCGGCUCCCACCGCUGCGGCGCCCCCUGCCGGCCGCGCGCCGCGCUCGGGAGAGCGGACUGUGCAGUUCCCUCGGCGGGGCCCCGACCCGGCUGCCCAGCGGAGCGCGCGGCAGGUCCUCGGCGUGUCCCGCGGCCGGCGGCCGGCCCGGGCCCUCGCGGCGCCCCCCGCGGUCCCCCUCCCCCGCGCCUCCAUCUCCCCUCCCCCCCGCUCUCGCGACCACUUGGUCUGCGCCGGCUGCGUUCUCGGGGGCCGGGCCCGCCCGCACUGCGGGGCAGAGGCCGGCAGGCGCCCAGGCCGCGCGCGGCGCCGGGCAGCGGCGUCCCCCGGGCUCGGGCCAUGGCGCGGCGCGCGGCGCGCUAGCCGGGCGGGCGCGGGGAGCGCAGGGGCCGCCAUGGCCCGGCGGCGCCGCCGCGCCUGCAUCGCGCUCUUCCUGGUGCUGCUCUUCGCCUUCGGCACGCUCAUGGGCCUGCGCACGCUCAAGGCGCCCGACGGGCUCCCGGCGCUGGGCCCCGGCCUGGAGCUGGCGCCCUUCGAGCGGCGCCCCGAGGCGGCCCCCGCGCCCGCCGCCCGCGCCCCCGCCGCGCCCGCCGCGCCGCCGCCGCCGCCCCCGCCGCCGCGCACCGCGGGGCCCGGGAGCCCCCCGGCGCGGGCCCCCGCCGAGGCCGAGCCCGCCGCGGCGCGCAGCCUGCGCGUCUACUCCGACCUGCACGCCUUCUACUACUCCUGGUACGGGAGCCCGCGGCGCGAGGGCCGCUACGUGCACUGGGACCACGUCAUGGUGCCGCACUGGGACCCCAAGAUCUCAGCCAGCUACCCGCGCGGCCGCCACAGCCCUCCCGACGACCUGGGCUCCAGCUUCUACCCCGAGCUGGGGCCCUACAGCUCCCGGGACCCCGACGUGCUGCGGGAGCAUAUGACCCAGCUCAAGGAGGCCGCCAUCGGUGUCCUGGUCUUGUCAUGGUACCCACCUGGCAUGGCUGAUGAUAACGGGGAGCCCUCAGACGAUCUGGUGCCUGCCAUUCUGGACACUGCCCAUCAGUACAAUAUCCAGGUGGCCUUUCACAUCCAACCCUACAAGGGCCGAGAUGACGUCACUCUGCAUGAUAACAUCAAGUACAUCAUUGACACGUAUGGCUCCCAUGGUGCGUUUUACCGCUAUAAGAACAGCAUGGGCAAGAGCCUCCCUCUCUUUUAUAUCUAUGACUCGUAUCUGACGGCCCCCGAAGCCUGGGCCCACCUCUUGACACCAACCGGGCCCCACUCCAUCCGAAACACCCCCUACGAUGGGGUCUUCAUAGCGCUGCUGGUGGAGGAGGGCCACACGCAUGACAUCCUGGCCGCUGGAUUCGAUGGCAUGUACACCUACUUUGCCUCCAACGGUUUCUCCUUUGGCUCCUCUCAUCAGAACUGGAAAGCAGUGAAGAACUUCUGUGAUGCCAACAACCUCAUGUUCAUCCCCAGCGUGGGGCCUGGCUACAUCGACACCAGCAUCCGGCCCUGGAACAACCACAAUACGCGGAAUCGGGUCAACGGCAAGUACUAUGAGACGGCCCUGCAGGCGGCCCUGACGGUGAGGCCCGAGAUCGUCUCCAUCACCUCUUUCAACGAGUGGCACGAAGGCACCCAGAUCGAGAAGGCUGUUCCCAAGAAGACGCCAACGCGUCUGUAUCUGGACUACUUGCCUCAUCAGCCCAGCCUGUACCUGGAGCUCACUCGCCGCUGGGCGGAGCACUUCAUCAAAGAGAAGGAGCAGUGGCUGAUGUGAGAGGCCUGCAAGUGGGCCUGAGGUGCUGUCUGGGCCUCGAGGGAAGCCACGUGGUCUCCACUGAGGGUAUGCGCACGUGCUCUUAUCCAAGUCAACAUCUGGGUGCUUCCGAGGGGGCCCCCCUGGACUGAGCCCCUAUAGAACAGAGCCCAUUCGUCAGGCAGUUGGUGCUGGUAUGCUGUGCAGCGACAGAAAACCAGGUGGCGUUCCAGACGAAACUGUUGAGGCUGGCAGGUGACUUAGCCCAAGGGCAGCUCCACAUCACACUUGAAAUCACUUCCGGCUUUGAACUUCGUUUGGUGUUGAGGAGUUGCCCGAUCGUUCUUCUUGGAAGUUGCCCAGAUCUUUACUCUGGGCUAGCAUGCACCCUGCCCCUGCCUGCCAGCCUCCACCCUCUCUUCAGACCUCCUUCCCAGCUCGGCUGGCUUCUAAGUUUGGGAAUCCUAUUUGAGACUUUCUUAAAAGAAAAAUCCAAGGUUUAAGCUCUUUCUAAGUAGAUUUCUGAACCCCUCGGGAAAUCAUCCUGAGCGUUUGCUUAUACUAACCAAGCACCUAUGUGGUAGGUGCUAUGGGAAAACCCCCCAAGGAGCUCUUGUUCUCCUCAAGCUUACAGGAUCCAGCAUUCCUUUUCGGUGUGGCCUUGUAGCUGGUGCCUGAGCACGGCUAUAAGUUUUACUUCUUGGUAAUCUAAUUCAUGCCAGGAGUUGAGUUCUUUUUCUCCUAAGAAAAUACCUCUGUGCCCCAGAACAUUUUUCCCAGAUCAAUGUUUAGUUCCAGGGAGAGGUCGGCAAGCUCCUCCCCUGAGCUAAGCUAAGAGGCCCGCUCCC